GCUGGCCCCGCCAUCUUGUUCCCAGGGGCAGUUGGCGGAAGAGAUCGAGCUCCUCUGCUGCCCGUUCUGCUUUGCGUCCGGAGUUCUCCCCGCCUCGUUUUUGGCGUCCGUCUCGGGCCCGGGCUCCCGUGUGUCGGCGUCCCAGUUGCAGUUUCCCGCUCGGCUGGGGCACAACGCGGCGGGCUCCUUGCCCCGACGGCCUUCCAUGGAGUAGGUCCGGGACCGUUGUCCCGAAGAGCGCGAUCGAGCUUGGCCUCCCUCCUCCCGCCCGCCCUCCUUCCUUCCUGCCGCGGCACCAUGGCCAACAACAGCCCCGCGCUGACCGGCAACUCGCAACCGCAGCACCAGGCGGCCGCGGCCGUGACCCAGCAGCAGCAGCAAUGUGGCGGCGGCGGCGGCGCCACCAAGCCGGCGGUGUCGGGCAAGCAGGGCAAUGUGCUGCCGCUGUGGGGCAACGAGAAGACCAUGAACCUCAACCCCAUGAUCCUCACCAACAUCCUGUCGUCGCCUUACUUCAAAGUGCAGCUCUACGAGCUCAAGACCUACCACGAGGUGGUGGACGAGAUCUACUUUAAGGAUUGACUCAGUCUUGCAGCGAGGCUCGGAGCAGCCCAGGGUCGCAGGUAGAGGUCACGCAUGUUGAGCCAUGGGAAAAGGGGAGUAGGAAAACUGCUGGCCAGACGGGGAUGUGCGGAGGGGUUCGAGGUGUUGGAACAGGAGGCAUUGUUUCUACAGCAUUUUGCCUUCUAUACAAAUUAUUUACCCUGAAGUUAACUCGAAAGCAAGUGAUGGGUCUCAUAACACAUACAGACUCUCCAUAUAUCAGAGCCCUUGGAUUUAUGUAUAUAAGGUAUACCCAACCCCCUACAGACCUGUGGGACUGGUUUGAGUCCUUCCUUGAUGAUGAGGAGGUAUGUCAGCAAGGGUAAUCAUCGCCUUUCUUCUGAUUGCUCUGCUCUUGCCCUUUUCUUUUUUGGAAGUUUAAUAUCUUCAGAAUUUCUGUACAUUUGUUUCUGUACAGUCGUACUUUUGGGAUUAUUAUCCAUUUGCUAAGAUUUGAUGACUUUUCUGUGUUAGGUUAAAAUUUUAAGUUAUUUUAAUAUGCUUUAAGAGUUAGUAUGUUUUAAUAACUUCAAUGAUAACUUUUUCUCUCCCAAAUUAACUCUGUAUUGUGUUGAUCCUAGCUCCUACAGCUGAUAGUUGCUUUCCGAGGGGCUAGACAUGAGAGGCAACAUGCACUACUGUAACUGUAGGCAUUUUAAAUCUCCGAACGGUUUCUUGGCUUUACUAUGACCUUUUUCAAACAGCAAUAUUUAUAUUUGCGUGUAAGUAUAGGCUUAGAAAGACUAGCUUCAAUAGCCUGACAAUUAUACCUAUCCAAGUAAGAAAAUAAUAAUUCUUUUCCAUUUUUCUUUUGAGCCCGACACUCAGUGUUACUUGGGUCAGUCUCAAACCUGUAAUCUUCCUACUUCAGCCUCCUGAGUAGCUAGGAUUACACACAGGAUUUACCACUAUGCCUGGCUCCUUCUAGCUUUCUCAGUCACUAUACAACACAGUGUUUUAAAGACCCAGGCUUAACAUUGUAAAACUUGACCUCAUAGUCACAUACCCAUAGCUCUGGGCUUGAUCCCAACACCUUGGAAAAACACAGUUCUUUGCCUAAAAUUAGCACUUGAGGUUUUUUUUUUUUUGUUUUUGUUUUUUUUUUUUUUUUGGCUAAUCUAGUCACUGUCUCAAGCCUUAAAACAAGCUGAGCAAAGAUUAGAGUCAUAUUCAAAUUCUACCCAUAUUAAUUUACUUAAUGAAGACUAGAGGAUCAAUGUAUACUCAAUUGUGAGCUUUAUUAGCCUUGCAUCCACUUUUAUCACUAAUUUGUAGUUCAGAGUUUGUAUAGUAGAAUUAAAUUGCUUCUGUGCGUGCAAACAAAAAUUUGGUCCUUAAUAUGGCACACCUUUAAUCCCAGCACCUAGGAAGCAGAGGCAGAUGGAUUGCUGAGUUCCGGACCAAACUGGUCUAUGUAGUAAAUUCCAGGCCACCCAGAGUUACAUAAUGAGACCAUGUCUCAAAAAAAUCUUUUUUGUGGUUGAUGAAUAUAUCCAUCUAAUAAAAAUUUCAUUUUUAUUAUAUGCCCACCUUUAAAAAAAAAAAAACCUCACUCUGUAGACAUAGAGGAGAACCAUUUUGAGACAAGGUCUUACGUAACUCAUGUUGGCCUCAGACUAGCUGAGAAUCAAGGCCUCUACUACUGAUCCUCUGUCUCAGUUCCUUAGUGCUAGGGUUACAAGCAAGCCCAGAGAUGGUUGUUAAAAAUUUCCCUGUCCUGUUUUGGCCUAUUUACCAAGCUGUUUAUUAAUAAAAAAGAUCCAGGAAGUAUUUGAGGUAAAAUCAUAAUUGUUAAACUUUUCUCCUAUUUACAUGGCUUUUUUCUAAAGAAAGAUUAAAGCACUUCAAAAAGGCAUGUCACUUUUAAAAAUUGUUCUUAGGUUUCUGAAUGCUUCUAAUUUAUCUGUUCUUUACUGUGUUUACAAGCCUGAGGUCCUCUAUUUGAGCUAACGUAUGUUUUCUUCUUUAGAUAUCUGCAGCGAUUAUAUUUGGAAAUACUGUAUAUCUGAACACUUAAAUGUGUGUUUGGGACUGACAAUAGCUGACUAACAUGUCCUGAGCUGUGAGAGGGCAUAGCAAGAAGGCCUUCAUGCGGACCUAGAUGUCAAAGCUGGUGGAGGCUGUGUAAUGACCAUUGGAGAGAUGCUUCGUUCUUUUCUCACAAAACUGGAAUGGUUUUCUACUUUGUUUCCAAGAAUUCCAGUUCCAGUCCAGAAGAACAUUGAUCAGCAGAUUAAAACUCGACCUAGGAAAAUCAAGAAAGACGGAAAGGAAGGCAUUGAGGAGAUAGACAGACAUGUUGAGAGACGGCGAUCCAGAUCUCCAAGAAGAUCACUGAGCCCACGGAGGUCUCCAAGAAGAUCAAGAAGCAGAAGUCAUCACCGGGAGGGCCAUGGAUCUUCUAGUUUUGACAGAGAAUUAGAGAGAGAGAAAGAACGCCAACGACUAGAGCGGGAAGCCAAAGAGAGAGAGAAAGAAAGGCGAAGAUCCCGAAGCAUUGAUCGGGGCUUAGAUCGCAGGCGAAGCCGCAGUCGGGAGAGGCACAGAAGUCGCAGUCGCAGUCGUGAUAGGAAAGGGGAUAGAAGAGACAGGGAUCGGGAAAGAGAGAAAGAAAAUGAGAGGGGUCGAAGACGAGACCGAGAUUAUGACAAGGAGAGAGGCAGUGACCGAGAAAGGGACAGAGAGAGAUCAAGAGAGCGCUCCAAGGAGCAGAGAAGUAGGGGUGAUGGAGAAGAGAAGAAGCACAAAGAAGACAAGGAGGACAGACGACACAGAGAUGACAAAAAAGAGUCCAAGAAAAAACACAGCAGAAGCAGGAGCAGAGAGAGGAAACACAGGAGCAGGAGCAGAAACGCAGGGAAGCGGAGCAGGAGCAGGAGCAAGGACAAGUCAAGCAGACAUAAAAACGAAAGCAAGGAGAAGGCAAAUAAAAGAAGCAGAAGUGGCAGUCAAGGAAGAACUGGCAGUGUUGAAAAGAGAAAACGAGAACACAGCCCUAGCAGAGAGAAGUCUAGAAAGCGCAGCAGGAGCCAAGACCGUUCCCACAAGAGAGAGCAUAAUGAUAGCAAGGACCAGUCAGACAGACAGGAUCAUCAGAGCAGCCAGAGUGGAGAGCCAGAGAGCCAAGAAAAGGAACACAAAAGCAAAGAUGAGACUGUGUGAAGAUUGUGUAAACUUGGAUCACAUUGAAUCCUAUAAAUGUUGAUUAAAUUCUGCUUUUUUCCCCCCAAGUUGAGAUUGUGCAGUAGUUAUGCACUCUGAGCUCCCCGUAGGCUGUGUUUUCUUUUGUGUAGGGAAGUGCCUUUGUAAUCCCAUUACGCAUUGAUGUUUUCACCCUGUUGAGUUGACACAUGAUGCACAGAAUGUUCUUGCAUUUUUGUUUGUUUUUAAAAUGUACAGUCUGUACAUACGUCCUGGAAAAUGUUUUAAUUCCUUUGGCAUGGUUGCCAUGUUGGUUAAAUUUGUAUAAGGCAAUAAACUGCCACUAAUUCUAUUUUUGUUUUGUAGGUGUGAGAUUAUGGUUGUGUACUGAAGUUAGCAUGGCUGUGCUUUUCAUAAUAGAAUGCUAAAGACUUUGGGAAUGGAUCUUGGAUGUUUGUUUAGGAGAAUUAUGUGUUUUUCAGUAUACAUGGAGGCAACAGUUGGAGGGUUAACAUUCUUGUCCACUGUAUAUUACCUUGGAAGCUCUUGUUAAUAUGUUGUUAUUCUCCACAGUUAAUGUUCGAGAGAAUUUUUAAGAGGUUUAAAUUAGGCUUAGAUUUGAUCAGAAGUCCUUUUAGCAUUCUACCUCAAAGGGACACUGUUAGUAUGCCUAAAAUUUAUUACUUUCCUUUUUACAAUGUGCUUCCCCCUCCCUCUUGAAUUCUUUCUCAGACUUUAAAAGUACUAUAUUAAAGUGUGUAAGCCUGGCGUUGUAGCAGCCCUAUACUAAGGAGUGAUUGGGAGAGGGCGGGGCGCAGGAGCAGGCGAGGGCGGGGCGCAGGAGCAGAGGAGCAGUCAAGCCUAAGCUUCCAAAGCAUUUUAUAAUGGAGAAUACUUAAAUUAUGAAACAGCUUGAUAUAGUAUCCUUUUUUAAGAAUUUAAAACUUUUUUUAUUGAUAAUGAAGAUUGCUGUUUGAGUUUUUAAACUUAAUCUAGGACAGAAAUAUUACCAGUAAUGCAGUGCUGCGUUAUUUAAGACUAUCAGCAAAUUAUUUGAUAGAUUGUUCUUAUGACUUGUAUUCUGAUUUCAGAAAACCAUCAUGAGUGUGGAAUAAAUACUGGAUUAAAUCCUU